CACGAGUCCAACGGCAUCGACAUCAUCACGGCUCUGAUCCUGAAUGACAUCAGUCCUCUGUGUCGGUAUCGGAUGGAGAUGGUUCUGGAGCUGAAGGACAACGCUUCAAAGCUGCUGCUGGCUCUGAUGGAGAGUCGCCACGACAGCGAGAACGCAGAGAGGAUCCUGUUCAACCUCCGACCGCGAGAGCUGGUGGAGGUGAUAAAGAAGGCGUACCAGCAGGAGAGCGAGUGUGAGGGGCUGGAGGUCUCUCCCCGCGAGGUGGGACACAACAUCUACAUCCUGGCUCAGCAGCUGGCCCGACACAACAAGGUGCUGCAAAACCUCCUGAAACCACUGAAGAAGAGCAAAGACAGCGAGGAGGGGAUCUCCUCCAUGUUGAACCUGAACAACCGUCCUCUGUCCCAGAUGUUGAAGUCCACAGCUCCAGCUGCUGUCGUGGAGCAGGACCCACUGGAGUACUACGACCAGCUCACGUCACAGAUAGAGAUCGUGCGUGACGACCGCAGCAUGGAGCAGAUCGUGUUUCCUGUUCAUCCGAUCUGCGAGUUUCUGACGGAGGAGUCAAAGAGCCGAGUGUUUAACACCACCGAGCAAGACGAGCAGGGGUCAAAGGUCACGCACUUCUUCGAACAAACCUCCUUCCUGCACGGAGAGAUGGAGUGGCAGAAGAAGCUGAGGA